UCAUACCGUAGAAGACCAUUCAUGGUACAAAUAUCAUAUCGGCAGCCUAUAUAAUAUGUUGUUGGAAUCAGAGGAGCUGCAGUCUGAUGGAUGUGGUAGUAGUCUUCAGUGUCCACAAGUGUUGGACAUUCAGGACAGCCAAGGCUUGCAGGUAGAAAUGGAGCUGGUGAGGUUUGUGUUAGCCAACGCCACACAUCUUGGCUGAGUCAACAUCAGACCUUGGCGUAAAUUGGACACUUCAGUUGUUGUGAUGUUGUCAAAUACCUGACGGAGGUGAAUGGAUAUAAAGCGUGCGUCGAAAGCAGCAAAGGUUAUAUACGCUUGGGUACUGCAUGAUGUGAAGAUGUUUAGCUUUCCUUCUUCUCGACACUCCAAGGGUGUUGUUACUCAGCUUUUGAAGCAAAAGAGGUUUAUGGAAGUUUCUGGGCAGGCCUUACUCUGUGCAUGUUAGUAUUUGCGCAGCUUUGUGUAGAUACGACCCCGGCUGGUGCAGUGGGAUACCCUUCUCUGUGACGGGCAGAUACCCACAGUACUGCUGAAUGGAGGUUUGUUACCCGACGAGGAGACACGUGGAGCCGUUGUAUGGGAGGGUUCGUGUAUUCUCAGACGUUAGAUGACAGUAGUCACAAAGGUAUUUCAGUAUUGAUGGGAUUCUAUCUAUUCCUUUUUAUUUCAUUCUUUUCCGGGUCUUUUUGCCCUCUUUACAUUCUCAGAAAAGCGGCGUGUCUUAUGGAAACAUCUUUGAUUCUCUGCCCUUGAGGGUUUAGCGUAUAAAAAGGAAGCAACAUUGAGUUUUUAGGGUUCUUACAUCGUGGCUCCAUUCUCUCUGUUUCUUCUCCUUCAAGCGAGAAGCUGCGUGUUAUGAAGCUGAGCUGAGAAUCCAUCUCUUGAAUUGGUUGCAGGUAGUGUAAAGCUACGAUUAUGGAGCUGGGCGAGUCGACUCCUGAUAGGAUUAGCAACGUUCCAUCCAAUGCGAUAGAGCAAAUUCUGACGCUGUUGCCCAUAAAAGAUGCAGCGAGAACCAGCAUCUUGUCAAGAAACUGGAGGCAUCAUUGGAGAAGUAUUCCUCAACUUGUGUUCGACGGUAGUUUUGCUCCACACCCCAAUACUGGACCAUAUUUGCCAGAUGAGAAAAAGGUACUGGUGGACAUUUACGAAGCUCUGCUGGUUCAUGAUGGCCGAGUAACCAAGUUUGAGCUCUCAAUUCCUGGAUUCAGCGAAGACUGUCAACAGAUUUAUAAGUUGAUUCCUCACCUUGCAAGCAAAGGUGUCCAGGAACUUGCUCUUCGGUUUUCCGUGGGCCAGAUCAAGCUGCCUUCCUCCCUGUUUACCGCAUGUCACCUGACUGUUUUGAAACUGCAGCAUUGUAGUGUUGGCGCACCAUCUUGUUUUGUGGGAUUUCGUAAGCUGGUCAUUCUUGAGCUUAAACAUGUUAUCAUGCCUGAAGAUUUCCUUCAGAAUUUACUGCCGGUGUGCCCCCUGCUUGAAGAGUUGCGGUUUUUUAACUCUAGCAGGCAAAAAUAUGUUCUUAACGCACCAUCUCUAAAAGUGUUUAUAUUUCACCCGCAUGUUUCGGGCUCGGAGUUUAUGCUCCAGCAUGCGCCAGUGCUUUCAGUGCUAUCACUUCCAAAUGGUUUGAGGUUUAAAGAUUGGUUUGCAGAGUUUGCUUCUCUCCCUGCGCUCAGGAAGCUGACAUUUGGAAUUAGUUCGCUGAAAUUCUCUGAUGUGGGUAAUGCAGCCUACAAGCUAACUACAACCGUCUACCAAUUAAACGUCGUUGAAAUAACUCGCCUUCUUCUGGAUAACUUGCCACAAGCACGGCUUCUUAUUUGGCUGAUCAUGAGUUCCCCCAGCUUGCAAAAGCUCACCGUUCGGUUGGGUACUAGUAUUGCCCAGCCGUCUUCAGAAGUUAUCAAUAGCCUACAGGAGUUGUUGGAAGCAGAGGACCGACCUGGAGUUUGUUGCCUUCAACAUCUUGAAGAGUUGCACAUUCAGGGUGGCCAAGGAACACGAGUCGAGCUGGACCUGGUGAGGUUUGUUAUGGCCACUGCCCCACAACUUCGUGUGAUCUCGAUUAAGUGUGCAGUUAACCUGUCGGUUGACAAGAUUCUAAAAUUCUCGAGUGAGUUGUUAUCGUAUAAGCGUAUCUCCAAAGACGCAGUGGUCAAAUAUGUCUACGAAAGAUGAUGUUGAGUUGAGAUACUUCAUAGGUUUUACAUCUCUUGCCCUUUGGGUCGUUGUCCACCUACUUUCAUGGUGCUUGAUUCUUUUGUUCUCGUUUCUUCUUUUCGCUGAUUAACGCGAGGGUGUUUGAUCCUAGUUGGAUUAAGAAGUUUUGAAGGGUUGUCGAACAGUCCAAUUUGAAAAGUUUCAGUAAUAUUUUCUUUUAGGGAACAUGAGUUAUGUAAAUCUAGGUUGAUUUAUUCAGCGCAUUGAGGUGAACAAUAUUGUAAAAUUUGAGUGGCUGUUUACUCUAUUAUUAUUAGGGUCAAAUUAAGUAUGUACUUGCAACUUGCAAGUGGAUUGGGUAUUUGGUGGGUGAUUAAGGUCCGGUGGGUUGAUCGUUCUACAUGAUGCAAUUCUAAAGUGUCAUUGAUAUGGUAAGGGUUGCAAUUGCAACUUUAAAGUGUAAUUGAUGUGUGAUGUCAUUAUAGCUUAUACGUGA